UUACCAGCCGUGGUGACUCGGAGGAGAGGAGAGAGGCAUGCAGCAACCACAACUCAGGCAUUUCGUCAAUUGUUUUCCCUCUAGCUGACUGUUGCUUACUCUGAGGAUUUGUUCGAUACUUAAAGCCAGGAUUAUUUAGGGGGGGAAAAAGCCCUUUUCCUGUUUUUGUUUUAUACUUUCAACUUUGGCUCGUGUUGCUCUAACUUUCUACCUAUACUUUUGAGUGUUUUUCUGGUGUGGCGCUCUUAACCUGCUCUGAUCCAGCGUUGCUUGCUGUAAACUUGGCUUGCUGUCCUGCAUCAGUUGCUACACUUUGCAGAAAUGACUCUUUAGUGGAGCUCAGAAGUGGGAGGAACCUCGCAGAAUGGUGUGACUCGGAGGAGACGGCGAUCUACCCGUGUGUUCUUGCAUCUUCUCUGUCACAAAGAGAGAGAAGUCAUUCGUUUUCACGAGUGACUGGAGACUGGUGCGGAAGAAAAGCUGAAGGUGUUGGAUUUGAGCGUUUUAUACGGACACGUGUCAAGAGAAAACUUUUUUUUCUUUCUGUGAAGAUUGAGAAGGACAUAUUUUUUUGUUUGUUUUAGUUUUUUGCUCCACUACAGCAUGGCUGGGAUGUAUGGAUGCUUCAAGGGCAGGAACAGUGACAGUGCUGCCAUGGCGUCCGGACCUCCAGAUGUGAUGGCCAAUCAGGAGCCUGCUGAGGUCCAGGAAGAGUGUUCAGGAAAGAAAAAGUCCAAGUUCCAGACGUUUAAAAAAUUAUUCGCCAGGAAGAAGAGAAAGGAGCCCGCUGGAGCCGACGCGGGGCUGAAAGCCAGCCAAUCAAGCGACGAUGUCAGCAAGGCACCGGAGAACAACACGCUCACGCGAUCAGAGAAAGAUAAGGGGUCAAAGGUCAGCCUGGGCAGCAAGGCCUUGUCGCAUGACUCUGUCUUUGUUUCUGACUCGUCAGAAGCCAAUGAGGCUCUUGGAGCGUCUCAGGACAGCAUUCAUGGGAAAGUGAAAUCACUGCAGCUCCAGCUGAAACAGGCCAUCAGACUGGGCUCUCCUCCAUCCCUGAUGUGUGUGAAGAGGGCAGAUGAUGCUGGAACCAUGUCUGAGGACGAUGGUCUCCCCUGCAGUCCACCUGAAUACACCACACCUCACGCAGCCAUGAAGCAGACUCAGAGGAACAGUUCAAUCAGUCUGGAGGGAGUAGAUAGUGAUGACGACCAGCUUUCCCGUGGAGCCUCCAGUAGAGCAAUGAGUCCCUUGGUGGUUCCUGGGGACUUCAGUCAACCGGCCAGUCCCUUCGCCUGCUUGGACAACUCUGCUGCUAAACACAAGCUGGGCCUGAGACAUAAAGCCUGCAACAGGAGGAAGCCUGUCAUUAAGCUGGAGCUGAAAGAGGGAGAGUCUGCAGUGGAUGGGAUGCUGAACACCUCCAUCACAGAGAGUUUGGAGGAUCAAGAACAACAGAAGACAGAAGUUUUAAGCCUCGAUGAGCUGAACCCAGAAGUAAGACGAGAAGAGGAGGAAGAAGAGAAGGAGGAGAUGGAAGAGGAGGAGAAAGAGCAAUCGCAGCAUUCCAGAAAAUCCCUGUUGAGACACAACGAGGAGAGGGAGGAGGCAGACGAUUCAGAGUUGGAGGCAGAACAGGAUAUUUCUCAAAACCCGGACAAUUCCACUCCCCCUGAGCAAAGUCUGUCAGAGGAGGAAGCCCCAGAGGCCCAGCCCCUGCCCUCCUCCGAGUCCAACUCUAGAACGUCCUCUCUGGACAGUCCCAGUGCCACACCAGAGCCCCCUGCUGGUGCAAGAGAGUAUCUACUGGAUCCUCCAGGUACCACAUAUGGAUCAGUAGAGAACAAGGAUGAAAAUGAGUUGGAACUGCAAGCAGAUGAAGAUGGAGGCCAGGAGGACAAGGAGGAGGAGAGCUCGUUCUUACAGGAGGUUCUGAGUUCCUUGAAAACACCUCUUGUGUCUUGUUCACUGAGCGUAGAGACUGAGGGUGUGACUCUGAAGACAGACGAGGAGACAGAGGAAACAGCGAACAAUGUAGUGGAGAAAGAGGAUGAGGAUAAGGGGAAGGAAGAAGAAGCAGACGUGGAAGAACCUGUGAGCUCUCAGUGUGUUCUCUCAGGUUCUCCACCCAUGGGCCACGCCGCUGAGGAAGAAGAGGAGGAGGUUUCCAUUCUUCCCUGUCAGGAAGAAAUGGUUCCCUCUGAAGAAGAGGCAAAAAGUGAAGAAGAAAGAGAAGAAGAAGGAGAGGAGGAAGAAGAACUGGUUGUGGAACGAGUUGUUUAUAAUGCUCAAGAAGAAGCUGCAGAGAAAGAGGAGGUGGAUGAGCUUGAACCCGAGGAGGAACGUGAUACAUCCAUGAGAAAAUGUGACAUCCUGGUACAGGAUGAAGAACUGGAGGAAGAGAGUGAGACAGAGGAGGAGGCAAGGGAGGUGGAGAAGGAGGCAAUGGAGGUGGAGAAGGAGGCAAUAGAGGUGGAGAAGGAGGCAAUAAAGGUGGAGAAGGAGGCAAUAGAGGUGGAGAAGGAGGCAAUAGAGGUGGAGAAGGAGGCAAUAAAGGUGGAGGAGGCAGCAAUGGAGGUGGAGAAGGAGCCAGAGGUGAAUGAGGAAGAAUGGGAGAACAGAGAAAAGGAUGAUGUCAAGGAGGAGGAAGUGGAGGCAGAAGUGAGUGCGGGACUGGAGGAGACGGAGGAAGCAAUUGAAGAGGUGAGGGAGGACACAGAGGAGAUGACGGAGACCGUCUGUGAUACAGCAGAGGAAGAAGUUGAAGUUGCCAUGUCGUCACAGGAGGCAGAUGAAGAUGUAGAUUCUGUGGUUGGAGAUGACACCACAUGCACCACAAAACACACAAGUGGCGACGACAUCCCUGCAGAACACGGUCAUCUGCAAGUUACCAAAGUGCAGGAGGUCCAAGAAAGCUCUGAGAUGGUGGAGGCAGUUGUAGAGAGUGACGAACAGCAAUCAGACCAAGAGGAAGAUGUGGAAACACACCAACCUGAUAUGGAUGAAACUGCACAUGAGAAUCUAGCUGAAGUUUUCCAUGUAGACCAGAAACAAGUGGAAAAAGAUGAAACUGAAGCCAUGGAGCAAGCUACUGUGCCUGCAAAGCCGUCUUCUUUGUUUCUCCUGGAGACACAUUGUGAGACUCCAUCACAAGAAAGUGGACCUGUCUCUCCCAGUAGGACCAGCACAAUCCACAUUAAUCUUGUUUCUCCCAGUUCAGAGAAAGCUGCACCUUUUUUCCAACAGUCUCCACCUGCUGCAGACGCUGAAGAAACUUUCACUGAGUCAUCUCCUCCUGCUUUAGCUGCCACAAAGCAACAAGCAACAGCAACAGAGGAGGAACAAUGUGCUGCUGAGGAGGAAGUGGAGGAAGUAGAGGAAGAGCAAAGGUCUCCUCUCAAAGACCAAGCGACACAUCCCGUCCCUGUGGAGGAAACUGUCAAACAACCAUCCAGCAGUCCAGAGCAGAGUAAAGUCCGCUUCACCAUCGUGCCUGCCUGGCAGAGAUCACAAAGUUUGACUCCUCCUUCUUCUCCACCUGCAUUCAUCUCCUCUGGGUCACCUGUGGUCACAGAACCUGGAGCUGAAGAUGUGGAAGCUCCAACAAGGAAGGAUCUUGUUGUGAAAGCAGAGCCAGCAAGUUCACCUAAGGUCGAAGUGCUGAGUCCUGGUAGAGUGAGGAAUGUCGGGAGCCCCACUGUCAAACCACAGAGCAAUGCGACACUGCCUCCACCCUCCGUCAAACCUCAGACCUCAGCUGUUGCAAACACAGAAGAAAGCUCUGUUGUGGUGGAGGGAAACCCUGACAAUCCAUUUGGAGUCCGGCUGAGGAAGACUUCCGCUCUGCACCUCUUCAGCUCAGAGGAAGCAAACACAGAGUCGGCCGUUGAAUCUCCAGUUCAGCCAACCAGCUGUAAAACUGAGCCUCCACAGCCAGUCGGAGUGAAACCCUCUAUAAAUCAUCCAGUCAGUAACAAGCCGGCCCUCCCUAAGAAACCAGACGUGCACGGAGAUAGUGGAGUUAAAACCAAGUGCAUCUCAGACCCAGCAGCAGCAGCAGCUGCAGCUGCAGCUCGUGGUGUUUCUACUGGACCUGAGUCUCCCAGUUGGAUCUCUGUGGCCAAACAGAAACAGAGGAUCUAUAAAGAAAGCUCACUGGAUGAGAUCACUGUCAAGAAGGAAGAGCAAGAGAGGAAGUCUUCACUGCCAGCAUACGUUAGCUCAACAAGCAAGGAGCAGAGCAACAAGACAGCCGAAUUCACAGGCAAAGUGAGUUCGCUGGAGUUGAGUAAGCCGUCGGCGUCUGUAGAAAAGGAGGCAAGGAAAAGUCUCUCUCCUCCGACUCCAGUGCCACCUCAACCUUCAAAAGUCCACUUGCUGCCCUGUGCAGUCUCUCCAAAACCCUACGUUCCCCCUGCCACAGCCAAACAUCCAGACCAAAAAUCCCUUUCAGCUCCAACUACGGUUCCAGUUUCACUAAGAGCCCCCUCUUGCACAAGCCCAACAUCUCUUCCCAAACCUGCCUCUUCCUUAUCUCCUCCCUCUAAGACUCCCCAGCCCCCGAGUGCUGCCGUCACCCCUGCACCUUUUUCAUCGAGAACAGCUCCAGAAAAGUCUGCUUCGAGAGCUGCAGGUCUCCCUGGACAGACCACACCCUCCCAGCGAGGCCUGCCUCCCCCCGCUUUGCCCCAGAACGAGCCUCCAUGGAUGGCACUGGCCAAGAAGAAGGCCAAAGCCUGGAGUGAGAUGCCUCAGAUCGUCCAGUGAUGGGCCAGGUUUAAGUAAGGUUGUGCACUUUGGCCUAAGCUGGCCCAUAAAGUGUGGUCUGGACGGACCAGAAUGCAUUUGCACACAGAGAGUUGUUUGUUAUUUUCCUGGCUCCAGGCUUUAAAUUGGUACAUCCUCCCCAGACACAGCUAGAGACGGGCUCUGUUUAACCCCCUCCUCUACAUCCUUAUAAGUCAUAGUCAUUUUCUUAAUGACAAAAGUAGGACCCCCAAAAGUUGCAUUCAAGAGUUCAUAUUUUUUCAGCAGUCUUUGCAUUUUAUAAGGUGCCUGAAUGAGAGGAAGGACAUAAAGUGUCACAGCAGAAAAUGUUAUAUUUUAUCUACGGUAACGCAAAUGAUCUCUGCCUGUUAUCACUAAAUAUUUCAGGGAAGGAGAGAAGACUUAACUCUUAAUUCACAGGAGAAUAACACAAAGUAAAUCUUGGGGUUUGCUUUUCAUUUAUUCUGUCUUAAAAAGGUGUGUGUGUGUGUGUGUGUGUGUGUGUGCGUGUGCGUGUGAGAGAGAACGGUGAUGUGUUCUCACAUUUAUAUGAGAUAAUAGUCAUGUUGAGCUGGAGAAAAACGCUGCUGCUCGUCAUGAGUUUGGGUAAAAAACUAAAUUGCAGAGCCACAGGGUCUCUGUGUAUCAGGUUCUUCAGACAAACAUAUUUUAUUCUAAUUUUAUCCACACAUACUAACCAGUGAUGUUUGUUGUGUUUGAGUGCCGAGUGUGUCCAACGUGUUUCAGAUUGUCAGUGUAAAUUAUAUUUUUAAUUUUCUUUGGAACCUAACCACAAACUUAUCAGUCUGCAUCCGACAGAGAUCAUAAACCAUACAAGAUCGGCUUUUCAGAAACUAAGAAAAUCUACCAUCACACUGACCUUUGUGUCUUUUUAAUAUUUUUUUUUACUGCAUCAUCCUGCUGGCGUGGUCGUGUGGGUCCGGUUACAAGCAAGCAUGUAAAUAAAUCAUACUUAGCCACUUGGAAGUCGGUUUGCUGCAGAAUGCAAUGCAUCGCUAAAGGAAGGCAAAUGUCACGUUUUCCUUUGUAUCGAUUAAAUCUAUGUAUCUCACAGUAACUAUAAAUGUUUUAUGCAUUUUCUUUUAUUUUGUAUUGCCUUUCGAGGAUUUGUCUUGUACAUACAAUGUGUAGUAAAGAGCAAAUUAAAUCAC